UGGUCCAUCAACAACAGUCGUCCGGCUCACACAAACCUUUAAUAACCUCAGACCUUAAGCUUUUAGUUCGAAACAAAACACAAAGAUGUUCCGCUUCAUCGCUGUGAUCUUCGCCCUGGUGGCAAUGGCUUUUGCUGCUCCUGGCUACAUCGAGCCCUCUUACGGAGUGGCCCAUGUGGCUCCUGUGGCCCAUGUGGUUCCAGUGGCCCACGUGGUGCCCGUGGUCAAAUCCGUUCCGGUGGUGAAGCAUGUGCCGGUGGUGCAGCACGUUCCAGUGGUGAAGCAUGUCCCAGUGGUUCAGCAUGUUCCUGUGCUGAAGUCCCUCGCAGUUCCCACCUACGGACACCACGUCUACCACGGUUAAGUCAUCACUACCCUAUUAGGAUCGACUCGGAAUUAAUAAAAUACCAACCAAAUCGAA